AAGUAAUUUUUGUCCCAGUUUAAACGAACUUUGAAGCAAUAGGAAGUACGUACUUUGCGGUUUGAACCAACACCCCAGCAACAUAUUGGAUAUUGGAUGUCAUGGGAAUUAGCAUUGAGCUCAAGGUCUGGGCGCGGCCUUUCGGAGGUUAGAUGUGUGGUGAUACACGAGGCUAUUUUUACACAAACGAACCUUGAGUUUUUGGCUUCUGCUUCAAAGUUGUACGUUUCAGGCAAUUUCGAAUCUACUUCUCAAUUUCGCAACUCAGUGAUCUUGAGACUAUUAUUUACAAUGAAAGUUACAUUUCUUUAACAUUGGUACUCCUUAAUUCAUCUCAUAACCUCUCAGUAAACCAAUGUCGUCUACUGCAUCUGUAGUCCCCAAUGUUUCAUAUCAUUUGCCCAAGCCUGUUACACAGAAUUUCCAGCACUUCGAUUGUGGUUCUGAUGGGUCAGUGUUGGGAUUCAACCAUCAAUCUUCUCAAAAUAAUGAUUAUGGGUCUACUACUAAUUUUAUGAAGUCAGAGUCAUCUAUAUCCGCUUCUAAACUAGUUUCCUAUAACUUAGAUAAUGCUUUACGUCUAUCAUUAAAGUCAUCUACAGUCCCGCUUAAUGGGCAUAUAUCAAAUUAUACAGAAAAACUGUCUCAACGACCUUUGUCUUUCCAUGAAUCGUCAGCCCCUCCUCUGGAUUCAAUAAUCAAGCAGAAAAUCCAAAGUUUACCCAGAUCUUUGAUCCUAGAAGAUUCGGAAGAAUGUAAAUCCGUCAAAAAAAGUUCUCCUGAAAAUAAACUCUUAUGUUCUGAUGAUGAACUUGAUCAUUUGUGUCAAACCGGUGCUCAUUGUAUUCCAAAAAGAGCUUUGGGAUUUGGUAACUCUGGUAAUACAUGUUAUCUUAACUCUGUACUUCAAUGUAUUUUGGCUACUGGACCUCUACUUGCAUAUAUUAACCAUAAACAUUCAAACCCUAGUAGCUGUAUCAUAACAAAUGGUCGAUCCAGCCUUCCAAGCUUAAACAAAUCUCGGUUUUGUGUUUUAUGCGGUCUUUCUCGUCUUAUUAAUGAACAUCACUCUCAAAAUGGACGUACAAUUCCUUCUUACUUUGUAACAAAUGUUCGAGCUAUUUGUCCCAGUCUUCGUCCUUAUCAACAAGAAGAUGCACAUGAAUUUCUACUUGGACUUUUGUCAAGAAUGGAAGAUAGUUCAUUGGCAAGUUUUGGCAAAGUGUCUCGUAAAAUAUCUGAAACAAAUGUCAUCAGGAGGAUCUUUGGUGGUAUAAUACGUUCAGAAGUGACAUGUCAUUCUUGCCUCAAAGUUUCAGCGCGGGAUGAACAAUGCUUUAAUUUGUCUAUGGAUAUCACUUGCGCUCGAAGUUUACAGCAAUGUCUGUGUAAUUAUAUUCGUAGUGAAGAGUUAUCAGGUCAAAAUGCAUAUAAAUGUGAAAAUUGUCAUCAACUUCGACCAGCUAUGAGAAAAUGUACCAUUUAUCGAGCACCACCUAUACUUAUUAUCCAGCUAAAUAGAUUUUCACGUCAUCAAAAACUUGAUAUACGUGUAGAUUUUCCUUCAUCAUUUAAUUUACGUCCAUUUAUGACACAAUCAAAAGGUUUACCAAUAUUAUAUAAAUUAUAUGCUAUAGUUAAUCAUGAAGGAUAUAGUUGUCGUAGUGGACAUUAUGUAUCAUUUACUCUACGUCAUGGUCAAUGGUUAUCACUUAAUGAUAGUUUUGUUUCAACAACAAACCCUGACCAUGUUUUACGUCAGUCACCCUACCUACUGUUCUAUGAAGCGGUUCGUAAUUCAACUAACGGUACAGUUACUCGUACAGUAACCUCUAAGGAAUCUUCGCUCGACACUAAUACUCCGAAGCUAAAUAAUUCCCAGUUACCUCCUGUUAAUGAUACAGUCAAACAACAACAGUCUAUUACAAAACCUUAUUUAUCAUCAUCAUCAUUAUCGUCUACACAGCCUAAUCAUCAUAAAUCUUUUAACAUCAUAAAACAAACAAAUUUACCACCUGUUACCACAUUAUCUGUUAUUUCUCAAAGUACUUCAUUUACUAAGACACCAACAAUUAAUUCAUUGUGUUGCAGUAAUCCUACCACAAACACGGUAUCAUCCGUACCGAAAAUUGUUUUUAAUCCUAAACUUUCAUUAAAUAAAAUAAACAUCCUGCCCUCACCAAUUGUUCCUUCUACAUCGAUAUCAAAUGGUUCCAUUAAUUCACUGUCUUUUACUUCGAAGAAUAAAAAUAUUCAAGAUAUCGUAGAAUGUGGUAAGAAUCAUCAUUCAAAUAUUAUGUCAACAGUACCUUCAGCCAGCAGUAGUACUAGUGGUACGACAACAACCAUCUCUUUAUCAGCGGCCACUGUCCGGGAGUUGCUCUAUGGAAAAGAAACACCAUCAAAUUUAUGGACUGAACGUCCAACACCAAUAAACGAGUCUGUUUUAUCAUUGUCGUCGACUUCAUCAUCAUCUUCAACAAUAACAACAUUAUCUCAUUGUAUUAAAAAUCCGACUAGUGAACAAUCAUCAGUUACUCUUUGUAAUAAUUCAGAUAAUCUAAUCACAAUCAGUACUACAAAGGUACAAACCACCUCAUCUCAAUUGCCUUCAGUUAAUACUACAGACUUAAAAGAUAAACAACAUGAAUUGACAAAUCCUUUAGUGGACUAUUCUUAUGAGGAAUCGGACAGUGAUAAAAAUGGUUCACCACCUCCUCACAAGCGAAGUCGAACAACAUACAGUGGCUCUGACUCUGGCAUUGUUUGGGUUCCCGGCAAUCAUAAUGAAGAAUCCAAAAAGCAUCAUACUUAUAAAUCUUCACCAGAUGAACAUAAACGUCAUAAGAAAAAGCAUAAAAGUCGUCAUUCGUCUAAACACAGUUCUUCCCAUCAUAAUUCAUGGAAUGGUUCCGACGAUAACCAUCACCGUCAUAAUCAUCGUAAUCGGGAGCUCGAUCGUAGCAGUAGUCUGCCUCGUCCUUCUUCUCAUCAUCAUCAUGACAAACAUCGUCGCCGUCAUCAUCAUAAAAAAUAUCGACAAGAGUCACCUGAUUCUAAAAAUCACCGCUUCCAUUCACAUCAUAAACACUACAAACAAUCUCAUAGUCAGGAAAAUGGAUACAGGUAAAAAAAAAAAAAAAGAAAUCUCACUGUUUAGUCUGCUGCUUCUACAUCAAACAAUUAUUUUUUUUGCAUGCAUUCUUACACUGAUGAAAUCUGUACUUCAAUCUCUUUCUAUCCUUAAUUAUACAUAUAUAAACACAUUGUCUUGAAUUGGCCUACCAUAUCUGCAAAGAAAAAUUAUUUUUCAAAUGGCAAUGCAAAAUGAAUUCAUUAACAGAGAUCAGUAUUUGUCUAUAACCUGGUGUGUAUUGCUUAUGAAGUCACCUCUCUAUUUCUUCAUUAUCCAAGCUUGUUUUUCUUUAGUUAUUUUAUACUUUCUCACUUUUGUAUUUAAAUUAGGUCUAAUAAUCCAAACAUAAAAAUGUACAGUUAUGUUCUUCUUUUUCUCCUUCUUUAAACCAUCAUGUUAUCGACGAAUGACGAUUACACAACCAAUUCAUCCAUAUGAUAUAACAUUGCAUACAUUAUUUAAGCCUAUAAAAAUUGAAGAAGAAAACAAAAGAAAAACUGAAAUGCAUUGUAAUUUAUUAUUUCCUAAAAUCCUACCAAAUUUUAAAUGAGGAUUAUAUAUAUAAAGUGGUUUUACUGCUCCAUUAAUUAACGUUCUGUAUUAUUGUCUUUAAUGUUAUUAAUUCUUUUUUUUCUACUUGUUUACUUUAAAGUGAUGUCGACUACGCUUUUUCAAUGUUUUUUUUUCUGUACGUAGCUAUAAAAGUUUUCGAAGAAGAAUUUUGUUUUGGAUAUCUAGUCUGUUUGUUGAAGAAAAACCAUUGUAAAAAUUGAUAAUCUCAUAAACAACAAAAUCUGUUGAAAGAAAAGUUCGUAAUCAAUGAGAGAGAUCCUGUUUCAAAUAUCCAUUUGACCCUAAUACGGCUCUCACGUGGUCACGUGCAUACAACCACUGCCAUGGAAGUCCUUGUUGCGUGGGUGUUGUUUACAAAAUUGAGAUGAUGAAAAGCGAAUAUCUUGCGCUUCAAUCAGGUUGGUGGAUACGGAGGAUCCACCUGGGAGGUGGGGUUGAAAAACCCUGAUUCCAAAUCAAUGGUGCACAUGGGUUCCAGUAUCCUGAGGGAAUAAAAGGCAUAUGAACCUAUUGUUGGUCACUGGCUACCAUGGGACUGCAUCAGCUUACGUUGUUCCACUGCCUUGUGGAUCAGACCUUUAAGUCGAAGGCUCGAGAAGUGGCUUCUUAAGAAAACAAAGUGCCUCGAUUUUGGUGUGUGGGUAUUAUCCCAGCCCUCACACAAAUCGAAUGAUUUAUGUGGCUGAUAUCUGUUUUGUGCCUCCUUGUAUCAAUGUUUAUGCGUUUAAAUAAAUACAUUUGGUUCAAUUCUCCAUUACUGCGUUAGUACGACAAAAUGAAACUGAUAAGUUGAAUAGAAAAGCAGCUGAAGUAAUUUGGUCGCAGUGAUUAUUAGAAAGACUAAGUACUGAGAAUAUAGUUCGAAGCAAAACUUUGUGGAAAGGUAUGUAUUCAUAAAUACUGGGACUCUAGAUGUAUGGUAUGACAGAUUGAAUGUAUUUGCGCCAUUGUAAUUGAUUCUGAGACAUGUCACACAAUAUCCCCAACCAGUUAUCUCACGGUAGUCUUUAUCAAACAGCGUGGCUCACAUUAACAAUUUGUGACUUCAGCGACAUAAAAAGGGAGUCGUUUUAAAGAGAUAUUUCAGCGUUUAACUAGCUGCAAGCGUAGAAUUCUUCAACUACUCAUGUUUGAAAACUUGACAAGAAUGAAAAUUGUUCACAGGUUUGAAAUGAUUUAUUCUGGUAGCAUACAUUGUCAGUAUCAUACAUUCAGAUCCUUCAGAAUAUAAUCAAGCCUGACACCACUGCUAGUUCCCGGUAAUGUAGAGAGACUGUUAAAGACCGCCAUUCAACUUAAUUUGCUUUUGUACAUAGCUUUC